AUGCUAAGCAAACGACUCACUAUGUGGAUCUGCUUUAUUUUUGUCCUUUAUUUUUCGAUAUUUUCAUCUGGGCAGGUAGUAAGCCCUAUGUUGAAGCCUUGGCAUGAUGUCAACGAUAAUUUCUACUCAGUAUCAUCCUGUAGGAAACAUUUAUAUUCUUUUGGAUGUCUUGAAGUGCCGGAAUGUGUAUGGUGUUGUGAUGCACCGUUUGGUUCACAGUGCAUAGAGAAGGAUGUCAUUUCGAACUCUUCCUCUGUUUGCUCUCCUGAUGCGCUGCUGUUAUUGCCAGGGAAGACGUGUAGUGAUCUUUGCUACGCCAGCGGCCCCAAGUGUACGUCGUGUGAAAAGAAGAAGUGGUGUUAUUUUUGUCUUUCUAGUAGUACCUGCCAAGCACCUGAGGAUUCUUGCAGUGAAAACGCUAUCGUUCAACAAUGCGACUCCGGGGAUCCAGAUUCCGAUCAAUUAGAUGAGGAACGAUUCUACGCGAUAGUGAUUAUUUGCAUAGCUGUAGGGUUGAUUCUGGUUUCCAUCCUUGGUAUUGCUUCGGCUCUUAUUUACCGCAAACUCAUGCAACGACGCCGGGAUAGGGGCAUCGCGGAGCAACAGCAGCGUCGUCGUUUGCAACGGACUAACGCCGCCAUAUUAGCACAAGAAGCGUCAGGUUACGGCGUUCAUUCGCUGAUGGAGGAGCGAGAACGUCUUUUGCCUAAUGACUCCGAAUUUCAUCAACGCCAGGCUUUUGAAGCAGGGGAGGAUAAUAUGAGCAACAACGCUUUAUCGUGUACCUCGAGCAUGUUAGGUGACGAGCCGGUCUGUUAUCUUUGCCUUAGCGCUCGCCCUUCGGUUACGUUCCUUCCUUGCUACCACACUUGUUGUUGUGAGGUUUGUAGCAAUCGUCUGAGGCCUGUUUCCAAUACUAUUGUAUGCCCAUUUUGCCGUGAGGAGAUCAAAAGCAUGGUGAGUUUGACUAACGUGUUAAAAUGGUGUACCAAAAGCGAAUCAGCUUAG